AUGCGCGAUGUAUGGGGGCGCGCAAAAGAUCAUGCCGCAGAAGGAGGCUGCAGUCGCAAACACGGACUCGUGCCCUGGAGAGAGAAGAUGGUCGCGGCUGCUAAACUUGGUGGGUUGGAGAUACGGGAGCAGAAGUGCCAGGAAAGGUUGAUGAAGAAGCAGGAGGACAUGGAACGCCUGGAGAUGGAUCAAACAAAGGAGAGAAAUCUGCCAGAACGAGACCUCACCAUAAAAUCAGCAUGGAACGCUUCAGUUCCGAUUAUCAAAGUCGCACUCUUGCAAGACCAAACAUUGCCGCUUUUCGCCGUUGGGGUUGCACCAUCUGCCUCGAUGCCUGGCGAGACGCGUGCCAUGAAGAGGGCGCGAGAGGCGCAGGGGGGUGGCCCGACCGCAGCGACGACGACGACUACCGCGCCGCGGACUCCACGGAGGAAAGCAACAGGGAUGAAAGGCGGGAAAGGGGCGAAGAGCAAGGGCGAAGUAAAAAACAAAAAGGUUGUGGGUAGGGUGCAAAAAAGUACUAAGACUAAGAAAGGUGGGACUAAAGCGGUCCGCAAAACCAAGCAGAAAGCCAAGGGCAAAAAAGUGGCUGAUGAGGAUGAGAAAGAGGAACCAGAACCAGAGCCAGAGCCAGAGCCAGAGCCAGAGCCAGAGCCAGAGCCAGAGCCAGAGCCAGAGCCAGAGCCAGAACCGGAGCCAGAGCCGGAGCCGGAGCCAGUCAGCACAGGGAAGGGCAAGGGAAAGGGUGAAGCCAAAGGGAGCAAGGGUGUAGAUAAGGUGCGAAAAAGCACCAAGCGCAAGGAACGCGGAAUACAAGCCGUCCGGAAAGCGAAACAGAAGGCCAAAGGCAAAAGAAUGACCGACGGGGCUGAGCUGGAGGAUCAGAAGCCAGUGGAUGAGGGGGCAGGAAAAGGCAAGGAAGUAGCAGCGGUCAAUGCCGACAAGGCCGAGGAGAAGCAGGUACAAGCGGCCGGCCAAGGGAAAGGAAAAGAGAAAGCCAUAGCAGCGGACGAGGGAAAGGGUGAACAAACCCUGCAACGGUUCACCCGCGCAGACCUCCAAGAAGCAGGGGCCCUGGAGUCCGACUCUGUCAAACUGCCGACUCUGACCAACGCCAUCCAUCCCAUCUGGGCGCCCGAAAAGUUCCGCUUCGCCGGCGGCACCGACGCGACCGCACGGGCCGAAGCCUACGCCGCCAUUUCUCCCGCUCUGCGACUCGCGUCGCUGUGGAUCGAGCGGGCGCGGUACGGGGACUUUUGGGCCACCAUGUGGGACGGCAGGCUGAUGCGGAUCUCUCGGCCGACGGGAGGUGAGGCCGAGGGCCUUGCGGAGGAUGAUCCGGAUGAGGGUUUGACAUCGAAGGGGUUUCGGGAUCUCGCAAGUCUGGAGGGGUUUCGGUGCGAAUGGCGGUUCGGGCCUCAAGCCUUGGGGACGUGGGCGAAGACGGAGGAGGGGAUCGGUGGCGUUUCGGGAUGCGUGACCACCCUCCACGACGACUUUGAGUGGCUGGCCCGCUCUCCGCAACCCGGUUCGACCGUAUCCGAACGUCUGAGGAGUUUUUUUUUCCUGGCAGUUAACCUGGUUCGCGAGCUGGUCCAGCAGGUCUGUCGGUUCAAACACAGAGAUCAGUAUGGCGAAAAUGUUGGCCCACUGGCUAGGUCUUCGGUGUUGUAUCAGCCUCCCGAGGGUGUUGGAUUUCCGAUGGACGUGGCAUGGGAGAAUUUCAUGUUCAAAGGGCCGAUUCAUCAAAUCAACUCGCCUAUGGGUCCGAUGGCUCCUGAUGGCCUAGCUGUCCGUCAUUUCAGAUCACAGACCGACCCUACGAGGGUCUACAUGCCCGUGCGAGUGGACUGGAUCAGCGAACAGUUUUCAAUGGGCUUUUGGUCAGCCGAUGAUGUCGAUGAAGACGACAGAUUGCCCGGGCUGCCCAAUGGGUCGAAUGUUUAUGCAAAGGAGUUGGUCAUUGAUUAG